AUGUCAUGUAAUUACGCGGAAGGACUAUCACCAUACGAACACAAAGGCAUCUUGGGCGUACCAGAAAAAUUUGACACGCUUGAGAAGUUCAACGAGAAAUGCGAAAUUUUGGCUCGGCUAAUGUGUCAGAGUAAACACACUGUGGUUCAUACUGGAGCUGGGAUAAGUACUUCAGCUGGGAUACCAGAUUUUAGAGGACCAAAUGGUGUUUGGACAUUGGAAAAAGAAGGGAAGCGUCCAUCUUCAAAUGUAUCAUUUGCUGAUGCACAACCUACAAAAACCCAUAUGAUAUUGAAGAAAUUGGUAGAGUCCAAUAAAGUGCAAUAUAUAGUUAGCCAGAACAUUGAUGGUCUACACUUAAAAUCUGGAUUGCCACGAAAGUGUUUGUCUGAAUUACAUGGCAAUAUGUUUAUUGAUGAGUGCAGCCUUUGUAAAAGGCAGUUUGUGCGAAGCUGUCCAGUUGAGACAGUUGGGAAAAAAUGCAGUGGAGUUCCAUGUGCGUCAGGUCAUAAUGGUGGAAGACCUUGUCGUGGGCGUCUGUAUGAUGGAGUUCUAGACUGGGAACAUGAUUUACCAGAAAAUGACUUGUUAAUGGCAGAAUGGCAUUCAAGUAUUGCAGAUUUGAGUAUUUGUUUAGGCACAACGUUACAAAUAAUUCCCAGUGGAAAUCUACCUCUUGAGACUGUGAAGUAUGGCGGAAAGCUAGUUAUAUGUAACUUGCAGCCCACUAAACAUGACAACAAAGCGGACCUGGUAAUAAAUUACUAUGUUGAUGAUAUAUUACAAAAAGUAAUGAACAUAUUAGAAAUUGAUAUACCAGUUUAUAAUGAAAAUGACAAUCUUGUAAAGUUAGCUGAAUCAUCAGUUAUAGAGUGGACCAUUCAUAAAAAAGAUGUGUUAUUAUUAGAAAAGAUUUUUAAAGCAAAGUGUAAAGGUGUCAAGAAAAAAAGAACUUUAAUAAAAGUUAAAAGAAAUUGUGAAGAAUCGCUAUUAACAAAUCACGUGAAUUCUAAGCAUAUUAAGUUGGAAAUAAAGGAAGAAUGUUUGUAG